AUAAUAGCUUAAUGCUAUAUAAUAAUUUUACCAUAACUAUAUUACUUCACUCCAACAAAAAAACUGUUGAAGGAAUCUUAGUGAUGCCCUCCUAGAUAAAGAGGGAUUCUGAAUCUUUGAGAUAUACUUUAGGCAAGUAUUUAUACUCAUCAUCAUCACUGCUACAAGAUAUCUGAAUACCAACCAUGGGCAAUAUCAAUAUCUUUCUGUUCUUUCUUUUUCUUCUUCCUCUAUUGGUCUCUUCCGCAGAAAAUAACGUCUACAUAGUGCAGUUUCGCGGACACAAUGGAGAAAAAGCAUUGCAUCAGAUAGAAGAAACCCACCACUCUUAUUUGCUCUCUGUGAAGAACAACGAGGAAGAUGCCAAGGCUUCUCGUCUUUACAGUUACCAAUACAGCAUCAAUGGCUUCGCCGCUGUGCUCACUCCUGAUGAAGCCUCCAAACUUUCAGAAUUGGAAGAAGUCGUAUCAGUGUUUAAAAGCGAACCGGGGCUGUACACAUUACAGACGACAAGAUCAUGGGAAUUUGCAGGCUUAAACGAGGGAAAAGAAGGAGGAAGGGGAAGACAUGGCUUCAAGAUGGGGGAAGACUUCUUAUCAAGAGCCAAAUAUGGACAAGAUGUAAUAGUUGGUCUCUUGGAUAGUGGCAUUUGGCCAGAAUCAGAGAGCUUCAAUGACGUAGGCUUGGGACCGGUUCCAAAAUCAUGGAAGGGAAUCUGCCAAACUGGGGUUGCUUUCAACUCUUCUAACUGCAAUAAGAAGAUCAUUGGAGCUAGGUACUACUUGAAAGGUUAUGAGCGUGGAUAUGGGCGGCUUAAUGAAACAUUGGACUACCGUUCGCCCCGUGACAUGGAUGGCCAUGGCACCCACACGGCAUCCACAGUGGCAGGCCGCCAUGUGGCUAAUGUUUCCGUCUUCGGACUUGCACAUGGCUCGGCUUCCGGGGGUGCCCCAUUGGCCCGGCUAGCCAUAUACAAAGCGUGUUGGCCUAUCCCUGAUGUAGAGAAGGCGGUUGGCAACACAUGUUAUACAGAAGAUAUGUUGGCAGGCAUAGAUGACGCCAUUAGAGAUGGAGUUGAUGUGAUGAGUAUCUCGAUUGGCGCCUCAAGACCUCUUGCUUUUGAUGAAGAUGCUAUAGCCAUUGGCGCAUUACAUGCCGCUAAAAUGAACAUUGUCAGUGCUUGUGCAGCGGGAAAUUCAGGUCCUGCCCCAGCUACAUUGUCCAAUAAUUAUCCAUGGAUUAUCACAGUUGGUGCAAGCUCCUUGGACCGUGAUUUUUUUGGGCCUCUGGUGUUAGGAAAUGGCUUGAAAAUCAUGGGAGGAACGACUCCUUACGGGCUUGAGAAGAAACAUCCAUUAGUAAAUGCAGCAGAUGUGAUUGUUCCUGGAGUAGCCAAGAAUGAAACAGCGCAAUGCCUUCCGGGUUCUCUUGAUCCUGAAAAGGUAAAAGGGAAAGUUGUUCUGUGCAUGAGAGGGGUUGGAAUCAGAGUUGCAAAGGGUAAAGAAGUGAAGAGGGCUGGAGGUGUUGGUUUAAUAUUAGGAAACCUUCCAGAUUCUGGAAAUGAACGGCCCUUAGAUUUUCAUGUCCUUCCAGGAACCGUAGUGUCCUCUGAUGAUACCAAAAGAAUCAUUCAAUACAUAAAAUCAACCAAGAAUCCAACUGCAAUUAUCAGUCCUGGAAAAACAGUGUUCAACGCUCAGCCAGCACCAUCCAUGGCUGCUUUCACUAGCAGGGGUCCUAAUCCCAUUGAUCCUAAUAUUCUCAAGCCUGACAUCACUGCUCCAGGACUGAAUAUAUUGGCAGCAUGGAGCGAGGGAGCUCCAGUUACGAAAUUAUCUUUCGAUAAGCGAUUUGUUAAGUAUAAUUUUGAUUCAGGAACUUCUAUGGCAACCCCUCAUGUGGCUGCUGUUGCUGCACUUCUUAAAGCUGUGUAUCCGAAAUGGAGCAGUGCUGCUAUAAGAUCUGCCAUCAUGACCACGGCUGGCCUAAGAAACAACAGAGGCAUGCCAAUAACCGAUCAAAAUGGCAAAAUGGCAACUCCUUUCAUGUUUGGAUCAGGCCAUUUCCGUCCUGCAAAAGCAGCAGACCCCGGUCUUAUAUACGAUGCUUUGCACGAAGACUAUCUGCUCUACCUUUGCAGCAUUGGAACAGAACCAGAACCAAAAUUCAAGUGUCCAGGAAAUCUAUCCUCAACAGUCAACUUCAAUUAUCCAUCACUUGCUAUUCCUAAACUCAAUGGCACCAUGAUUGUUAAAAGGACAGUCACUAAUGUUGGUGGUAAUGGCAAGAGUGUCUACUUCUUUAGCUCAAAACCCCCAGCAGGAAUCUCUGUCAAGGCUUCUCCAAGUGUUUUGUUCUUCCAUCAUGUAGGCCAGAAAAGGAGCUUUACUAUUGAAGUGAAAGCAAGAGGAACUGCAAGAAAGCUUCUGAAAAAUGAGUAUGGCUUUGGGUGGUACUCCUGGAAUGAUGGAAUCCACAAUGUCAGAAGUCCCAUGGCUGUAGCUUUAGCUUAAAGCUUUGUUUUUUUUUUUUUUUUCCCUUCUUUAAAUUGUUUACAGCAAUUGUCCAGAUUGAAAAAUGCAGAGUUAUGGAGCCCUUUCCAAGGAAAACAGGGUCUUCUGAUCAUUUUCAUGUAUUUUUUCGGGCUUCUAUAAUAAAAUGGUCUCAAAUUAA